AGCUUGCAUAAAAUUGCCGCUGACCUUGCUAUUGAAGCCACCAGCAUAUUCCUGAGUGACAUUCGCUCUACUGUUGGUGAUGACAUCUUCGCAAAAUUUCUGAACCUGAAGUCAGAGAAUUCCAUGGCGUUAGUGAUAGAUGUAUCUGGGAGCAUGAGCGGUGAGUUAAAAAUAAUGAUUCCUUUUUUAUGCCAAAAAGUAUAAAGCUUAAAUAAAACUCCCCUGUGGCUAUCAUUUUUGGUUGGAUAUUUGGGUGGACCAGUAGGCCUGGGCCUCGAUUGUAAAACAGUAUGGCUUUUUGGACUUACAAUGACUCCAGUCAUACGACAGAAAUGUGCCAAAGCCAGUGGCGGAUCCAGGGGGGGACCGGCCCCUUAAUUUUAGACCAAACGAAGGCCUGAAGGGCCAAAAAAAAAUUUUUGGAGACCGCCCCCCAGGCUACAUUUUUAGUCAGGCUGGAAGCGUUUACAACGAAUAGAAGCCAAAUUUGGAGGACAAAAAAAAUUACAAUCCCAGAGUAAGUAGUUUGUAGUUUCGUGGCUGGCUCGCUCGUUACAACAUACAACAUACAACACAGUACACAAUUUUACUAUUUAGGGUCUUGAGACUUGCGGAAUAAUGUGGUUAUAACUCGCUUUCUAUUUUGUUUGCGCCAGAUGAAAUCAGCGAGGUGAAAAGAGUAUCGAUCGAUUUUGUUCAGCGAACUUUACAAAAGAAAGGAGCAUCUUUCACGUACAUUCUUGUGCCUUUCAGCGAUCCAGGUAAGUCGUCUGAUUUAUCAACAUUUACCGCUCAUCAUCCAACAAGGCGAAGAUAAGAAGAACAAAAAACAUGUGGACCUUACACUAGCUUUUCCUUAUUACACUUGUGACGCACGCUUUAUGGUCGUACUCCCCUGNGCAGUAAAAUAACGAUCAGCUUUAUAAAACUGCCGUUAAUCUAGUCCAUUGUUAUUUACAACGUUACUCUUUCCCUUUAUAGAGGUGGGUCCUGUUACAGUAACAAGUGAUGCAAACACAGUGAUCGACGCAGUUAACAACCUAACCGCUUCUGGAGGCGGGGACUGCCCCGAACUAGGCAUGACGGGUGUUUACCAGGCCCUUCUCCACUGUCCUCCGGAGACCAUCAUUUAUUACUUCUCAGACGCAGAUGUGAAAGAUGAGCAUAGAGAAAGGGAAAUCAUGUCCCUGGCUAAGGAGAAAAAAGUCAAGAUUAAUUUGAUUUUAUCCGGUGAAUGCGGUCGGCGAAAAAAGCGAGAUGCCCAGCAAUCGGAUCAAUUGUUGAACUUUAGAGAGUCUCGCCGUCACCGUACAAGGAGAAAUGCUCAAAGUCAAGCCCUGUACCAGGCCAUCGCUGCCCAAACAGGUGGACAAGUGCUUGAAACUAGCAAGGCCGGAGUAGCUCAGGUUGUUGAAGUUAUUGAUAGUGGAGGUUCAUCUAACUCAUCUGUUGCCCUCAGAAAAGUGGAGUUGUUGAAUAUGAAGGAAACUCGAACUCAGUCCUUCAGUGGUCAAGUUCACUUCGUGGAUGUAGACAGCACGUUAGAACGCUUGGUUUUUAUAUUAACGGCAGCGAAUUCGCCAAGCUUAGAUGUCAAAACUAAGGAAGGUAUGUAAAGUAAUUAAACCCCCUUGAAUAAUUAUGGUAAUAAAAAAAUAUAUGUAUUUCAACAGCAACUUUACAAAAGUAAAUUGUAAUUUCAUUACCCACGAAGCCCUUAGCAGUUCUUAUAUCAACUCGUUUAAACGUGUCCGUGCGUUUUAGAUCGAAUUGAAAUUUGGAAGUGUUGGUUUUUAAGGAGAGGGGGAAACCGGAGUACCUGGAGAAAAACUUCUGGAGAAGAGAACCAAUUAUGGUGUCGAAACGGCGAUUUGAACCCGAGCCACACUGGUGGGAGGCGAGUGCUCUCACCACUGCGCCACCCUUGCUUCCCAAAAUUAUCACGAAAAUACCAAAACAAUCGACUAAAAAUUAAAAGACGACUGUAUACCAAAUAUAGACGGAGUCACUAAAGUACCUAUUACUUUAGGUCGGGAUUCAUAUCUACUUCCUUCAUACACUCAUUUUAUUACUUGAACAAUUGUUUCAGUAAUAUUUGCCUAGAUGAUUGGCAGUGGUUUUAAAGAAAUAUAUGCAGGAGGUGAAGAAAGGAGGGUAAACGGCCCUUUUUACCCUCUUCCUACUUGUAAUUGUUUAGUAACUUCCCAGGAGACUGCACGCUGAGUGUUGUUCCUAGACAGGCGCAUUUCAUGCGUUUUUAUUUUCAAACCUUCAAUUUUGCCCUGAUAUUUUUUCACAGGAAAUUCAUUGCUACUCAAAACCGUAACCCAGUCAAAUAAGCUUCUUAUUACAGAAGCUAGUAACUUGAUUAGCGGGACCCUAAAGCUUGCAGUUUCCUGUGUUGGACCAUACACGCUCCAAGUUACCGGCUCCAGUCCUCUUGACUUCACUUACCAACUGUUAGACGUAGAAGACCUGGAACGAGGAACUACAAGGCGUGUCGUAGGAAAUCCUUUGAGAGGUAAGGGAACAUGCAAGUAGGCCGUACGUACGGAAAGUAAGUAAAAAAGCCCCUUUUUGUUUAGACUUUUUUUUGCUUAAACAAAUUUAUUGCGAGCUCUAUUUAGCCUACACGGUGGGUUGUCUAUUCAUAAACUUUAAACAACUCAAUGAACAGCCAACAAAUUUUCUGACUUUCCCCCCAAAUUAAAAAUUUAUCUGAAAACAAUUUUAUGUCAACGUUUUUCUUGGCAUGGUGCGUUUUCACACAAAUUACUUUAAAUUUUCAUUUUUCAAUCAAACAUUAUAUAUGCACCUUCAUUAAGCAGUUUUAAGUCCUAUCUAAAUGUAUUAGAUCAUUUGUGUCAAUUUUAAUAAAUCAGGUGUAACUCGUGAGUGACAAGUAUGCAAUUUAAUUAGGUUAGUUUUGGGCCGUAUUUAAGUUUUCCUUCUUAACUUUUAGUGUCAGUUUUAGUUUGCAAUUUAAUUAAGUUAGUUUUGGGCCGUAUUUAAGUUUUACUUCUUAAUUUUUAGUAUGUUUAAUGUUGGAGAAUAUUCUUUGUAUGGGAAUUUAGUUUCCCCCAAUUAUUCUCCAUUUAUGCAUUUUUUGUAUUUUCUGUAAUUUAUUACUUGUAUUAGCAUGACAAACUUAUACUAAACUUAAACUUAAAAGCUGUUUGUUUUUAAUCUUCAUCGACAUAUUUUUUGUGUGUGAAUAAAAUGCUAAUUACAAUUUAACAUUAUACUAAGUACAAUUAUUGCUAAUGACUAUGUUUAUAGAUAUCAGCGCUAUAUAUUACUUUCAUAAAUAAGUUAAUAAAAUAUAUUUUGCUGAUUUCAUUUUUAACUCAGUGCGUACGCUAAAAAUCAAGAUAGAUGCCUCAAAAUUCAAAAUGGCGGAUUUGACGUGUCGUCACAGUCCCUAUAACUCAAACUCCUUACAGUCAUUCAAAAAAGUAACUUUGAGAAUAUUUUUUAUUUUUUUACUUUUUUUCCAUCCCGGCACUCCACAACAUAUAUUUGUGUUCAACUGAAACAGUAAAACCUUUUAUUUGAUGAAGCUUAAGAGGUACCAUGAUUGAUUCCUAGAGGACUAUUUGAUCAAUGGGUUUUGUUAACAGCUGUUUUAAAAAAAAGUAAAUUGGAUUUUCGAAGCAAAGAAAAAUAUAUCAAAAGUAGUUAAGUGAGUCAUCAUCACUACCAUACGAGAAACUUACGAAGUUAACUCCCAGGCUAUUUUACGACAAAAAUAUGGACGAAAACAAUAACAAAAUGCAAGUUAUGUUAACAAUCUAUGGAACACAGUACGAUUUUCCGUUCUUUCAUUUCUUUUAAAUAAACGUUUGCCUUUUCAUAAUUUUCAGUUUUCACAGCUAUGUUCAUGAAUACGUGAUUAAAUUUUUAUGAAGUCUCCGCGACGCCUAGCAGACGUAUGAGGAAAGUUGAUUAUACUACGUUUCAGCCAAUAACCCUCCUUUUUGACGUCUAAAAUCUCAUUUACAGGGCAAACAUUGUUACUUACGGUGGAUUUCAUUGGUAAGGAAAUAGAGAAAGCAAGCAAUUUAACACUUGUGGGCGUGAACGGAACCGACCUGCAAACAUUUAACAUGACACAAGGAUCUUACAAGAACUCCUAUUUCGUUACCUUUGUUCCAUCUCCAGAGAAAUUCAGGCUCAAGUUGACAGGCAAAGACAAGACUGGUGCUCGCUUUCAACGUGUAAAGCCAACUCUGUUUACUCUUGGUGACGUUAAAUUGUCCCAGAAUGUGGACGGUAGAAACAGCUCAAACACGAUUAUUCCCGGGAAAACUUUAGAGGUAGAAAUUAACGUUAAAAACUCCGGGGACACGCAAACCUUGUAUUUCACUGCAUCGGACGACCUGGAGUAUUACAAGAGCAUAAAUCCCUCGAAAGGCACCUUGGGAAUGAAUGACACGUUGGUUCUUCGACUUUCCCUUCUUGCCCCUAGCAACGCAAAAUAUGGCGUGACAAGCACUGUCACGGUAUUUGCGUCGCAAAAUUCUGUCUUCACCCAGGUUGUUAAUUUCAUGGUUUUGUUUGUUACUGUGGCAUCCAAGGUAAGAAUUUAUAGAAAGAAAAACGAACACAGUACUUUAAUUAAUGCAGUGCCAAGGUACCGGCACAAAAUGGUGUUCAUACCUUGUGUACCCUCCAGAGUACGUAUUCACUCCAUUUUGCGUUAGCUGACGCAGUUUUUGUAACGUAGUAUUAGCAGGGAGUUUUGGGUAUGGAAAGCAAUGAACAGCUUCGGAACUAACAGAAAACUUGAGCAAACAGGGAGCCGCUGCCUACGCUAGUGCCUGAGUAUAAGGCCCGACACCGCGUUAAAACAACUGGCGGGGGUACACUUGAAAAAAGGGUGUCUUCACAUUAGUGCCAAACGAUAUACCGUACUCGGGCAGUCCCCGGAAACUAACCAAUUGUAAACAGGCUACUUACUCUCAGUCGCUAUAUGUGCGUUAUCGACCAAGCGUGAGGUCAAGAUGGCUGGACAGGACAUUAGGCUCAAUUACCAGCCGCUGAUCGGGUAAUGAGCCCGCGCUCCUCCCCCGAACAGGCUUCUCAGGGAGUGUCUCGAGCCUUGGCCAAGUUCUUUUUUUGCGUUCUUUUUUAACUUCGUCUCGGGAAAUAAAAACGCAAAAUAAUAAUAAUAAUAAUAAUAAUAAUAAUAAAAUAAAAAACGAGGCCAAUAUUUGGCCAACUUGACUGAACAAGCUUGGUAAAUAAAUGAUUCAUUAUAUCGCUAAACUGGAGAACUUUUGCUUGCGGGACCAGCGCGGGAAAUCCCGAGCGGGCAAGAUGGCCCCAUCAGAAUGCAUGAUUAUUCGCUUCAUCUUGCCCGCUUGCGAAUUCAGCCAUGUAAAAAGAAACUGUUUGUUUAUCGAUGACUGAAACAUAGCCAAUCCUACAGAGAAUUAUUCUUUGCUCUUGAACACCGUAGGGAGAUUAUUUUCUCUCUCUAAGAUGGUCGAUUUGCUUUGACAACUCAGUUGUUAACACCACAUUUUCCUGUUGUUCCACCACACAGUUUCUUCAGAAACCAACCCCUUUUAAAUUUCUAAACACAUUUGCUCCUAUCUAUUGUUGGAGAAAACGCGUUUUCAGUCGUUCAGUCAUUGCUAUUAAUACGUAUUUUCUCGUUGACUUUAAUAAGAUAGCCUUUGUUUUUUAAUUACAUCACGUCUUUCAAUUUAUAGAACCCUGACCUUGACCCUCCCUCAUGUACAGUGGUAAACAAGACCGGGACAUGUGCAAAGGUAUACGGCAGACCGGACUGCAUCUUAAACGCGUGGAAAGCGCAAGUCAUGUUCAUUGAUGCUGGAGAAGGACUGUCAUCGAUAACAACACGAGGCAAUAAAAACGGGACCCUUGAAGGUAAGUGCAACACGUAGAGUGAAAUGAACAUGAAGUCGAUGCACAGCUUUAUGUUGAAAAUUUGCAUUUGUAUCAUGUUCGCAAACGAAAAAGUGGGGUUUCGUUUAAAGGCGAUGUAACUGGAAAUUUAUACUUGAAGCAAAAAACAUAAGUGGUUUAACCUUUACUUUAGUUUAUACAACUUUCCAGGAAAAAUAGGUUUUUCUAGUUACGAUGACUCACGUAGUAUGGGUCAAUUUUUUGCGCGAACUUAAAUGGACCAAUAGAAGACAUUUGUCCUUCACGAAGACCAAUUAUAGAAAACUUCUCGGAGAUUUCCUUAUCUCUGCUGAAGCCAAAACAAACAAAAAACAAAAUCGUAAACAAACAAACAAAAGAAUAUUUCUCGAAUGGAGUAUAGCGGAUCGAUGUUUCACUAUUGACCAGUUCGGUUUCAAAUUCAAUUUUCACCGAAGAAGCUGCUUUUGCGUAGAUGUAACCUCAUGUACAAAGCGAUAUUUUUGUGUAAUACCCCCCUUGAAAUUAUAUAACACUUCAACACUUCAUGCAAAGUUUCGAGUCUUGAAAUAUUUGUUUUUAUUUUUUUAGUUGGCAGGUUCAAUCAGGGUGUAGUAAACAAAUCGAUCGUUGCAACAUACACAUCUAACUGUUGUCAUCCUGGAGUGCUUUUCGUCGGGCUUGACCUUGUAGGAAAUAUGGGCACAUGUUCCAUCAGCCUUGUACCUGAUAUAGUGUCCAUGCGAGCCAAACCAAGCACCACAACACUGUCCCUCUCUCCUGGAAACACCACCAAGGUCCCUUUUAAACUCGUCAACCUGGGCUCUAAAGGUUCAUUCUCAUUUGAAGUGACUAAAACACCCGCACUUAUUAGUUACGUAAUGCCUUUUAGCCUCGUUCUGAAAGCGAAUGCCAGUACCGCUGGACAAGUGGUUAUAAAGUCACGUGGUGAGGUCAGAAAGCCGCAAAAUUUGACGGUCAAAGCUGUUAUACACCCAGGAACAGUACAUGAAAGAAAGAUCGCGUUAUUUUCUAUUCAAGUGGUUUUAUCUAGAAACAAGGUAAACUUUUUGUGAUACCCAAAUUUUAUUCAAAAAUGGCGGCAAUAUUGCUUUUAUUAUUUUUCGUUUAUAUGUUUUUUUUAGCGCUCUUUGCCUCAAUUAAAUGCGUACAAUUCAAACCAGCUUUACCUUACAACGAUGUAUUAAGGGCCAAUUAUCAUAAAGACAAAAGAAUAACUACUUUUGCCGCCUUUCUGGAGUAAGCUGUGUAACCUUUUGAUCUAAAAUUUCUUCGAUUUGGCUGCAAUUUGUAUAGGUAAUAGCAUGAUUUGUAGUGCUAUUUGACAUAAAUACCACGAGUGAUAUUUCAACAUUGCUAUACGUAAUUUCACAAGCCGUUAGGCGAGUGAAAUUUGAGACAAUUUUGAAAUAUAACAAUUGGAACUUAUGCCAAAUAUCACGUACAAAUCAUGCUAUUAUUUGUUUAUACUGCUACCCGCAAAAGGUUUGUAAUUUCCACAUGUAGGUAUUUCAAAUUAAGCUGAAAUACCACUGCUCCAAGCCAAUCAAAUUGGAGAAAUUUCUCAUGUAGUACUAUAUAAAACAGUCAUAUACUAUCAACUAACUUGAACUUUGUUCAAUUGAUUUGUUGCUUUUUUGGUGUUCAUUAGUUCGUCAAACAUAUUUCUUUAGGGACUUUAAGACCCAAGGAAGUGAUGGCAGCAAAAACAUUGUUUUGAAAAGUGAAUUUGCGUUCUUUUAGCCUUUCUCGCGAUAAUUCCUACCCAUGCACUUACUUUAAUGUAGGACAACCCUCCUGGAGCUGAAUUCCUAGGGACAAUAUCCAAGUUCAGAAAGAGAAAUAAAAAUUCGUCUUCGACUGUUUACGUCCUCUAUAAAACGUGUAAUUAGGCAAUGUCACGUCGUCGACCUGCACGAAUGGUAAACUAAAAAAGUGUGAUGCCUGGAGUGCAAAGUUAUUGUUUUGCCCACCAAACCUAUUGUUUUUUUUGACGUUAUCGUUGCCACCGCGUUGUCAGAUCUUAAAGUCCCUAUUACCAAACGAAAGUAAUGGUCCAUUGCCAUGGUUACUAGUGAGCUUAAUCUUUCUAUGGUGGCCAGUUUGUUUUAUCAACUCUUUAAUUUUAAAACUAUCUUCUGAAAACAUUCAAUUUAAUUAAACCUUGCAGAACCCAGAUCUUUCUCCUCCAUCAUGUACAGUAAUUAACCAAACUAGAUCUUGCAACAAUACACAUGACAGAUCAAAGUGCAUGUUGAACACGUGGCAUGCACGUGUCGUUUUCAUCGAUACUGGAGAAGGUCUGGCGUCGAUAGCAACACAAGGCAACGACAAUGGAACUCUGCAAGGUAGGUGACGUUUAUACACCCUUAGUACACUCUGUGACUUUGACGAUUAAUUACGUCAUUAUUUACGCUCAAUUAGUGUGUUUAAUAGUGCUUUUGACAGUUGUUGAAUGAUUGUCUCACAGACUCUGAGAUGAGAAGGUGUAAAAUUUCUUAUGCUUAGCAGACGAAUGCGACACUUAUUUUCUUGUGUAUUUAUUAUUGUUUUAGUCAAUGCUUUUAAUCUGGGUGCAGUAAACAUAUCCAUCACAGCUUCUUUCACAUCUAACUGUUGUCAUCCCAGUGUGCUUUUCGUCGGUCUUGACCUCGUUGGUAACAUGGGCACUUGUUCUGUCAGCCUUGUUCCUGAUAUUGUGUCCCUCAGUGCCAAACCAAGCAACACAGCUGUGUCCCUUUAUCCUGGGAACACCAUCAAGAUCCCUUUUACACUACUCAACCUCGGCUCUAAUGGUUCCUUCUUAUUUGAAGUGACAAAAACGCCUGCACUCAUCAGUUACGUUAUGCCUUUAAGCCUCAUUCUGCCAACGAAUGCCAGUGCUGUGUGUCACGUGGUCAUCAAGUCACGUGGUGAAGUCAAUGAGGUGCUAAACUUGACGGUCAACGCUGUCUCACAAUUAAGCAAUGUAAAUCUCAAAGAGGUGGCAUUAUUUUCUAUCCAAGUGUCUGUGGUGCCAGCCUUUCCUCAUUUGGCUUUAGAAGCUGCUGUAACCAAAGAUCGUUUCUCUCUGACGGAUGGGGGAAGACUAGAGGUCAAUUUCACGGUACAGAAUUUAGCGUUGGACGACACCUUCACAUUUCACGUAAGCAAUUUUUACUCCGUACAAAAUUAACCGGCUGUGAAAUAACACGAGAGAGAGAAAGAGGCGGAAAUCGAGCCUACCCUGCCGUAGGUAAAGAAUUAGUAACUCUGUUGCACUAAUUGCUGGUUUUCUCUGAUGACGCAAUCAAAAAUAAUUGAAGAAAAAGAAAAAGAAAAACAAAAAAAAACCUUCAAUCAAAGGGAAAUAGAAGGAUGUGAAUAAGCAAAGAUCCUCGCCAAGAUUCAGUAGUCAUUACAAGUUCUCAUAUUCAAGAUAUUCGGGGAAAUGAUUUACCUAAAUUUGUAGAGCUUUGUAUGAAAGCGCCAUGUUGGUGGUCAUUCGGAUGGACACCAACAUGGCGGCCGGAAAUCAACAGAAGUAUCUUUCACUGAGUUUUGCUACUCAGUAAAGCGCGAAUUCUGUCCCUCGAGGAACUCGUAACCAUUAAAAUAAUACUUUUUCUAAAACAAUAACUGUUCCCAUAGCAAAAUCUUCCAAAACAAUUAUUUGUCACUUUUUAUACCCACAUGACAUCUCUCUAACCACCAUGCAAAUGCCGCGUCACGCGUCACGCGUCUUUUUUUAUUGUUAUUUUUUGGUCAACAGGUGCUCACGAAUCAAUCCUCGUUGGAUGGAAAUGUUGAGCCAUCUCACGUUUUUCUCAAGACAAUGCGGUCCACUUCUUGCCUGUUGAUCCUGACGUCUCAAUCUGAUGCCGCUACAAAAACCGUCACGCAAGUAAACGUGACGGCCACACUAGCAUCACGCAGCACCGGCGUAAGACAGUUUCAAGUCUUCUCUAUCAUUGUAAAAGUAGAUGGCAGUCCCCACAAAACGGAGGAUUCGGAUAGUGGGAACAGACGCCUUAAAACUUUGUACGUUGUCUUGAUAGCCACUGCAGUUUUCAUAUUGCUGAUAACUCUUGUUUCAGCCCUCGUUUAUUGUCAAAAAAGGGGUUCACUGAGACCAAAAUCAUCCGCUAAAGUUAACAUGUUUUGGGAAUCGUCCGGCAGUCAAUUACAACUCCAUAAUAAAUCAGAAGACGUCACUGUUGAAGAUCUGGAAGAUCCCAGUUAA